CUUUUAAAAAAUCGCAUCGACAGUUUGAUUACUGAUUAGAUUAGCGAAAGAAAGUGAUCGGAGAAAAGGAAAAUUUUUUGCCGGAAAGGAACGAACAAAGAAAACCAAAAACAAACACAUUAGCCUCUGUGUCUGUUUGGUGAGAUUAAUACUCCUUUUUUCUCCUCUUUUUCCUCCUUGAAUUGGUGCUCUCUCUCUCUGUAAGUGAAUUAAAAGGAUAAAACACUUUUAUUAGGAUUCGAAGAAGAUUGUUAAACUGUAAAUUUCUACAAUGCUGAUGUUUUCUUUGAGUUUUUGAUCCCUAUACCGAUGCGGAGAUUUUUUUGGAUGAAUCGGUUAUGAUGAGGAGUGGAGGAGACAAAUGGAGGUUAGAUCUGAUAGUGUACAAGUGAGGUGCGAGAAGGUAGGGUCGGGGACUCCUCCAGUGAUCGCUAGAACUCGGUUGCAGGUCUGGUUUAUUAGAGUUUGCUCUAGUAUUUUGUUAUGGACUGGCUUGGUUCAGCUUGUUGCCGUCGGGGAAUUAUGGCAACCGCGUUUUAUUACCGAUAUAACCCAUAAAAUCACACAGAUCACGCCGUUUCCUCUUCGCGUUCAAGUUUAUGGACCACCGCUUCCUCCGCCACUUCCUCCAGCGAGAAACUAUACAAGUAAUGGGUAUCUUUUGGUGUCCUGCAAUGGUGGAUUAAAUCAAAUGCGUGCUGCGAUAUGUGACAUGGUGGCUGUUGCCCGGUUUUUGAAUCUCACCUUGGUUGUUCCUGAACUUGACAAGACAUCUUUUUGGGCUGACCCUAGUAACUUUGAAGACAUCUUUGAUGUGAAACAUUUCAUCAACUCACUAAGAGAUGAAAUUCGAAUUGUCAGAAGGCUGCCAAAAAGAUUUAACAGGAAAUAUGGAUACAAAGUAUUUGAGAUGCCACCAGUUAGUUGGUCAAAUGAAAAAUACUACUUAGAACAGAUUUUGCCACUUUUCAGCAAGUCAAAGGUGUUGCACUUUAACAAAACUGACACACGCUUGGCAAACAAUGGGAUCCCGCUUGAUCUUCAGAAACUCAGGUGUCGUGUAAAUUUUCAGGCACUGAAAUUCACUCCACAGAUCGAAAGUUUGGGUUACAAAUUGGUCCGCAUUCUUCAAGAAAAAGGGUCUUUUGUGGCUUUGCAUCUGAGGUACGAGAUGGACAUGUUGGCAUUCUCAGGAUGCACUGAAGGCUGCACAAAUGAAGAAGCUGAGGAGCUCAAGCAUUUAAGAUAUGCAUACCCUUGGUGGAGGGAGAAAGAGAUAAUUUCUAAAGAGAGGAGGUCACAAGGUUUGUGUCCUUUGACACCUGAGGAGACGGCACUAGUUUUGCAAGCACUGGGUUUUAACAAGGAAACGCAGAUAUAUAUUGCAGCUGGUGAGAUAUACGGCAGUGAACGGAGACUUACAGCUCUAAGGGCAGCAUUUCCAUGGAUUGUAAGGAAGGAAAUGCUGUUAGAUCCAGUGGAGCUGCAGCUAUUCCAGAAUCAUUCUUCUCAGAUGGCUGCACUGGAUUUCAUGGUCUCAAUAGCUAGUACUACUUUCAUUCCCACUUACGAUGGAAACAUGGCCAAAGUUGUGGAAGGUCACCGCCGAUAUCUUGGGUUUAAAAAGACAAUCCUGCUAGAUCGAAAAAGAAUUGUCGAGUUAGUAGAUUUGCAUCAGAAUGGGACACUUUCAUGGAAUGAGUUUGCAGCUGCUGUUCAAGCAACACAUGAAAAAAGGAGGGGACAACCAACGCACCGUAGGGUCAUAGCAGAUAAACCGAAGGAAGAAGAUUAUUUUUAUGCAAACCCUCAAGAGUGCCUUUGCGAGGGAACAAAUUGCGAUGAUUUGCUAGGUCCUGGUAAUUCGACUUCGUUACGGUGACUGCACAAUUUCAAGAACAAAUUAAGACAGUGCGCCACUUAUUAUUCAAAAGCUGUGGUGCACUGACCAUGUGAUUUCCAAUGACAAAAACAGAAGUAUACACACACCUUUAGAGCGUUAUAAGGAAUACAACAGCAGAAAAGAAUACUGGAAUGUCCAUUUAGGCAGUCAAAAGUCAUGUUCAAUUUUUUUUGUUCAUAUAUUUAUUUGAUUUAUUCUACUAGUAACAGUUUGUUCACAUUUAGAAAAUACACAUGUAGCAAUCAUAUUUUUUAAUUCAUAGGUUAUCUGAUGAAAUAUUUUAUAUAUUGCAGAACUAAGUGUGCACUGCCUCAAGUUCACAUUUUGGUGAAUCAGGAUUGGAAGUAGGAAAUUUUGAUUAUGUUCGGUAAAUCAUAAUGGAAUAUGAUGUAAUAUAAUCAAAUACAUUUUCAGUAUAACUGAUACCCCGACAUUUUUUAUUA